AGGAGACGGACGCCCGUUCAAAUAAAAUUAAAUAUGAGUGGGGCGUCGUCGACUCAAUACAGUUUAUUGCAAAUAUUUGAUGUUUUCGGUAAAUAUCAAAUUGUACAAUACGCUUACAUAGGCAUAACGAUUAUUUUCCUGACACUAAUAGAUAUUAAUUUUAUUUUUGUUUCUGGCGAUCUGAAAUACAGAUGCAAAGUGUCGGAAUGCGAGAACAACAUGUCGACAGCGGAGAACCCUACAUGGUGGCCGAACAAGACGAUUGAUCGUUGUUACAGACCCGUCCUCAAAGACGACUAUGGGACUUGCAACAGCAGUAGUUUCACUGACAGCCUAGUCCAGUGCACCGAGUGGAUAUACGAGAGUAACAACACUGUAGUUGCUGAGUUGAACUUGGGAUGUCAACCGUGGAGAUCGAAUCUAAUUGGUACCAUACACAGCUUCGGCAUGAUGACUUCAAUGUUCGUCACCGGGUGGAUUUACGACGUCUGGGGUCGUAAGCCGGCGCUUGUAAUAUGUAUCGUCGGCAGCGCUGUGGGGGUUUUAAAAGUCCUAGUCAAGAACUGGUAUAUUUACGUAAUGGUCGAAUUCCUAGAGGCCUGCAUGUCUGGCGGUACAUACACUUCGGGUAUGGUGCUCAUGUUAGAAAUCUGCGGAAAGGACAAACGUUUACUAGCGGGCGUUCUAUUUUCCUAUUUUAUAUAUUUUGGAGAAACACUAUUCGCUUGUAUGGCCAUGGUGAUCCCUUAUUGGAAGACUAUGAUUCUGAUUAUAUACAGUCCAUUAAUAUUAUUCUUAUCCUUCAUUUGGCUUAUCAAAGAGAGUCCUAGGUGGCAGAUAGUCAAGGGUAAAACAGAAGAAGCCAAAAAUACAAUGAUUUUGAUGGCGAAAACAAAUAAAAUCAAUAUGGAUAUGAACGAACUGUCUAACAUUGAUGGAGUGGGCUUGAGACAAAAGUUUGAUAUAAAAGAAAAUGAAAAAGAAGGUUUCCAUGUUAUUUUCAAAUCUCCAGAGAUUUUAAAGAGGGUUUUUGUGGCGUGUUUUUGUAGAUUUUCAGCAAGCUUCGUGUAUUACGGUCUAAUGUUGAAUUCUGUUUGGCUUCCCGGUGAUAAAUACAUUAAUUUUUUACUAAUAACCAUAAUGUCAUAUCCAGGAGAAUUAAUCUCCUUGUAUUUCAUGAAAAACAUUGGAAGGAAAUUGUCUUUAAUUAUUGGAUUUAUUUUGACCGCAGCGUUGUGUUUCUGCUCCGCUCAAGUGCCCGAGACGUAUUUAUGGACGAAAAUAUCGUUAUUCCUCGUCGGUAAAAUGUUGAUAUCCGGUUGUUUCACUGGGGUCAUAACAUACUCUAUGGAGCUAUUUCCGACUAGUGUACGAGGGUUAUUACUUGGUCUUGGCGCGCUCACGUCUAGGAUCGGGAAUAUGAUGGCACCUCUUACACCGAUGUUGAUGACCUUUUCACCGUCGAUUCCUUCAAUAUUCUUCGGUUGCGCUGCUGUAAUGUCAGGGUUACUUAUCAUCCUGACGCCGGAGACAAGAGACCAACCGCUGAUGGAUACGGUACGUCAAGUUGAAGAGAGUGUUCUUAAGGAGAAACAAGUCAAUUCCGUUGCAACUGCUAUGUAGAAUAGAAUAGGAGAA